AACCAAUUUUCGCAAAAUAUACGGGCCCUUUGCACCACGUAGCCAAAACUUGUAACUAGCGGUAGGGGGCUGUUCGCGGGGCCGCGUCUUUGCGGGUUUAAUGCCCCCUUAUCCGUUGUCUUGAUCUCUUUAAUCCCCUUGGGUGGGGAUGACUUUAAUGAUGUCGGCCAUGUUGUGUUGAAGUGUUUUUCUCCUGUCAAAUUGUGUAGUUUUUCGCGAAAAUCGAGUGAAAUAAUGGAUGAAACGAAAGUUAUUUAUCACAUAGACGACGAGGAGACCCCCUAUUUAGUAAAGAUACCGAUUUCGCCGGAAAAAGUGACCUUAUCUGACUUUAAAAAUGUGUUAAAUCGCCCCAAUUACAAAUUCUUUUUCAAGUCGAUGGACGAUGAUUUCGGAGUCGUUAAAGAGGAAAUCAUCGACGACAGCGCACAUUUGCCGUGUUUUAACGGACGUGUUGUUAGUUGGUUAGUUUCAGCCGAUGGCUCAAAUCAAUCGGAUGGGGGCUCACAGUGCACUGACAGUGUCACACACCAGUCGGAACGUGUGCCCCCCCAAGCCCCCGAAUCAAUCUGCACCGACACUGAAAGUAUCAUUAGUUCGAGACAGGGAAGGCGCCACCACAAAUACUCAUCACGAAUUAACGGACACCUUCCACGAGUUUACGAAACCGCUUCAAUUGUCAGUUCCGAUUUAGAGACCACAAGUUUUCAGUCUGAGACAACCGGAAGACACACGGCCCUCUCAGAAUGCUCCAGUGUGAGUCGGUUACAUGUCGCGGGGCGCAAAAGACCGCAAAGACGACGAAAACAACGAAUGCAAGCAAUGUCACGAACAUCCUCAUAUUCCAGCAUCACAGAUUCGACAAUGUCCUUGAAUAUUAUAACAGUGACCUUGAAUAUGGACACGGUUAAUUUUCUAGGAAUUUCAAUUGUGGGGCAAAGCAAUAAAGGGGGCGACGGUGGCAUUUACGUCGGAUCCAUUAUGAAAGGGGGGGCUGUCGCCCUUGAUGGUAGAAUAGAACCAGGCGACAUGAUUUUGCAAGUCAAUGACGUUAAUUUUGAAAAUAUGUCAAAUGAUGAGGCGGUUAGGGUUUUGCGAGAAGUGGUCCAAAAACCAGGACCGAUCAAGCUGGUUGUGGCGAAGUGCUGGGAUCCCAACCCCAAAGGCUACUUCACUAUACCUAGAACUGAACCAGUGAGGCCUAUCGACCCAGGGGCGUGGGUGGCGCACACGGCGGCUGUGCGCGGCGACCCGGUGGCGCGGCCCCCGAGUAGUUCGACCGUUUCGAGUACUUCUAUCACGAGUACAAUUCCGGCAAACGAACGUUUCCCCGAUUUGGAAGAGCCCCUGACGGUGAAUACGCCCAUGGCGACGGUGGUUCAAGCCAUGCAACGGCCCGAUAGCGGUUUAGAAAUCCGCGAUCGUAUGUGGUUGAAAAUAACAAUACCGAAUGCGUUUAUCGGUACAGAUAUGAUCGAUUGGUUGUUGACGCAUGUUGACGGCUUUCAGGAGCGUCGCGACGCUCGUAAAUACGCGUCACAUUUACUCAAAGCCGGAUUUAUAAGACAUACAGUGAAUAAAAUAACGUUUUCGGAACAAUGUUAUUAUAUUUUCGGAGAUUUGUGUUCGGCGAUGAAUAAUUUGAAAAUACAAGGGGAUACGGAUUCGGUUGGACCUUUGCCAAAUGUACCGAAUUAUAUGCCGUAUAGUGGGACGUAUAAUCCGUUGGAAUACAUGCCAAUGCCGUUUUAUACGGCUAGCGAAAAUACGGUCUAUGGGUAUAAUCGGGAGGAGUCUGUACUCAGCGGAAGCGGUGGCUCAUCGAACGGUUCGGACCAUUUGAAGGACGCAGCGGCAGGUCAUAGCAGCGCCUCUGACAGCGAUUUGACUUCGUUAGGUCCCCGUUCGGCUUUACCGAUGGCCACCGGAAACGGAAACGGUUCAUCAAACGGCUCGGAUCAGAGCAGCGGGACGCAGGUCGCAGCCCAAUCCAAAGACAUUGCCGUUUUAAGUUACCUCUAAGUGCAAUAUUAAUAGCCACACACAUUUUGCAAUCAAUAAUUUUACAAAGAUCAAACGGGGGUCGUCAGUUAUCAAUUUACCCAAACCUAGAACCCUUCCACGUGUAUACUGAACGUAAUUUUAUAUCAGCUAAAUGUAUUAUUCAUUGUACAGUUUAUUUCAACAGUAGGUUAGCACUGAUUCGGACAAAAAUCGUAUUUAUUUCGUUGUAACACUGCCAUAUUUAGGUGCUUCUUCAAUUUUUGAUAUAUUACUAUUUAAAAAACUUAUUUAUGAUUGUUACAUUUAGGUAUUUUUUAUUUUGUGAUAUAUUAUUUUUAUUUCUAAUAAAGAUUUUAUUAUACUAAAACGAUGCUAUUACAGGGUAAUUGUUUUGGCAUUUAGUACGACUCUAGGCUAAGUUACUCGUUACAUUUGUGUUACUUUGUGGAGCAUACAGGGACAUUGUAACCGGAAAAAUCUUUUGUGUGACUGAAAUGUUAUAAUGUAACCGAAUAAAUUUAUGUGACAUUGA